AUGAGGACUUCUUCUUCUCUUCUUGGUUGGUUCUUGAUCAUCUCUCUCUUGUUACUCUCGCAGUCCCUAAUAAUUUCAUGCGAAUAUCAUGAAACCUCGACCAUUCGACCUUUGGGUGGGGAUCGGAAACUUGUUGAACAUGAAGAGAACGCGGAUGGGUCUCACGGUCAUCACCGUGACCAGCUUCGAGUAUUCGUGAGGAAAAGCAAGAAGAAGAAGAAAUCAUCCGCUACUCGAACUCUUCUCUCUAACCCAUUAACUUAUUUAUCUACUGUUGUGAGUUCCUUUGUUCUAAUGCUCGCUGCAUUCUAA